AUGUUCUGUGGCGAGUGCGGCAGUCGGUACGACGACGCGACCUCGCGCUUCUGCGCCGAGUGUGGCGCCCCGCGCGAGAUGGACGAAGUUGCGCCUGCCAUCGUGGCUCCAACGGCCGCCUACACGGCCCCGACACCUGCCUACACCGCGCCGACGCCGACGUACACGGCCCCGACGCCUGCCUACGUUGCCCCGACACCGCCCAACGUGGCGCCGGUGCCCACAUAUGAAGCCCCAAUGCCCGCGUACACCGCUCCGCCCGCUGCGCCACUACUCCGCCCGACGGUCGUUGUGCCAGCGCUCGCGCCAGCAUGCGUCAAGUGCGCGACGCCAUUCGUGGACGCGGCCGAGAUGUUUUGCGGCGAGUGUGGCUACCGUCGGCAAGCGUCACCACCAAGCGCUGCACCGACCACGGUGUCACCGCCCGUGGUCGACGACGAUGACGACGAUCUCUUUGGCGGUCCUGCACCGUCGUCGUCGGUGGCUGUUGUCCCGCCCAUGGCCUCGAUGCCACCGCCCGAGUCGGCCGCGCCCAAGCCCGCGUUCACGACGAGCUUUCCAGGCGCCUCGCUCGCCGCUGCCCAGCUCGCCGGGCUCACGCUCAAGGCGUCGACGGCGGAGCCCGCCGUGCUGGACACGCAUGGCACGGGCGAAGGCAUCUCGUUCCGCACGAUCACGAAAGCCCACGACAUGGACAGCUUGAGCUUGCGUCAAGCGAUGUCAGCGACCAUGGACCGCAACCGGUCGAGCCCGGAUCAAGUGACGCACAACUACCACUCGUCCAAGGUCAACGCCAAUAUUACGGUGCAUCACAACAUGCAAGUGGUGUCGGAAGAAGAGCAGUGGUACUCGUCGCGGUCGGCGCCCGACGGGCCGCAAUGGCUCGAGCUUUUGCGGCAGCACCGCCAAAACAAGACCCAAUUCACCGACCCGCAGUUUCCGCCGACGACCGCGUCCUUGUACCGAGACCCGGCAAACCCCAACACGUUCCCCGGCACAACGCCGCUCGACGCGAUCGUGUGGAAAUGGAAGCGCAUCAGCGACUUCUUCUCGACCAACGCGUAUGUGGAAGUGACCAUGGUCGACGACGACAAGAAGCUCGUGUCGGGGAUUGCCGUCAAGUCGGCGGCCGAGGCCGAGUCGAUGAUUGCGACCAUUCGGGAGCAGCGCGACGUGUCGGUCGAUGCGCGGUUCCUCCUUCGGGCGACCGAGGCAGUCGAGCUGGCGCUCACGCACAAGAAGCGCGAGCACAUGCUGCUGCUGACGACGUCGUUGAUCCAGCACAUGUCCGAGUACGUCGACGGCGUCCAGAAGUACGAGCUCCUCUGGCAGCGCAGUCUGUUGGACCAAAACAAGCCUCUCGUGUACCAAGGCGUCGGGUCGCCGUGCGGGUAUCGCCUCGACGGCAAUGGCAUUUCGCGCGUCUCGGUGCUCGUGCCUGUGCAGUUCCAAGCGCAACACGUGUGCGUGUUUGACCGGCACAAGCGUGACGUGGCCGAGUGCAAGGCCGGGCGACUCGCCGACGGGUACCUCUUUGGUGCGCUCUCGAUGCUAUCGACGUCGCCGACGCUCGUGGCCCAGUUGUUUCCGAUGCUGACGCCCGACCUCGUGGAUCCGGCACAGCGCGACCCGGACGUGCCGACUGCGUUUGCGCUCGAGCAGCAGUACAACGAUGAAGGCGUCUACUGCGUGCGCUUCUGGCGCAACCACAAGAGCUAUCUGGUGAUUGUCGACGACUACAUUCCGUGCUCGCAGUACGGCAAGCCCGUGUUUGCGUCCUUUACCGGGUCGCCGUCCCGGUUUGAAAUUUGGUCAAUGCUCGUCGAGAAGGCGUACGCCAAGCUCCAUGGCGGCUACGACGCGAUCCUUGGUGGCCAAGAUGUCUACUGUCUCCAAGACCUGUGGGGCGGCAUUCCCACCACCCUUUCGACGACGCAACUCCCCAAUGCCGAGGCCGCGUACGCCUACUUGACCCAGUCGCUGCACCAAGGCAACCUCCUCGGCUUUUGCAACGACCAAGCCGAGACAUCGCUGCCGCUGGGGCUCAAGGCCGGGCACACGUACGGCGUGCUCCGCCUCGUCGAGCUGCAUGUCGACGGAUCGACGCAGUACCUGGUGCAGCUGCGCAACACGUGGGGCGACAGCGACAAGGACGUGGUGCCGAUGCGCGUACCGUGGACGAAAGGCUCGGCCGAGUGGAGGCGCGUCUCGCUGCGUCAGAAGCAAGACGCGGGCUAUACGCUCAACCCCGACUUUACGGUGUGGCUGCCGCUCGACGCCUGCCUCGCGUUCUUCUCGUCGCUCUUCGAGUCGAAAAACUUGUACCAGUUUCCGACUGCACAUGGUGCGCCGGUUCAAGCGGGCGGCCCGGUGGUCUCGGUGCACAUUGUGUCGGGCGCGUGGACAGCGGCAACCUGCGGGGCCCGCAAGGCCGUGCACCUCAACCCGCAGUACCAGCUCCUAGUGCCAGCGCCAACGUCGCUGGCGGUGCAUCUGGAACAACCGUCGCGCCGACUGCACAUGCAAAAGGAGUACGCGUGCUUUGUGGCGCCGAUCGUGACGGGGCGUGCGACGCCGGCCCAGCGCAAGCUCGACAUUGGCCAUGACGUGGUCGCGACUGGCACGUUCAUCUCGAACCGCAGCUGCUUCCUCGGCGUACCCGAACCUCUGCCAUCGGACACUUACGUGGUCAUCCCCGCCACGUACGAGCCGUUCGAGACGUCGUUCCAGCUCGCAAUCUUUACGAGUGCGCCGGUUGCGCUCUUGCCGAUUGCCGACAAUGACAUUCCGCACUGCUGUGUGUGCCAAAAGCCGCUCACGGGCUCGUACCGGACGUUUGAGACCAAGGACGGUGUGCGCCACGUGUGCAAGGAGCCCUGCACAGAGAUCUACCGUCAGCAGCACACGGCCGUCUGUGUCGACUGCGGGCUGCGCAUCGAGGUGGUGCCGGGGCAGUUCUCUGGCCGUCUCUAUACGCUCCCAGACGGCACGACGUGCCAUGCCGAGUGCAUUGAUGCGUAUCGCAUUCGCACCGCCGAGAGCUGCGGCCACUGCCACAUGGCCAUCACGCCGAUCCCAGGUAUUUGUAUUUCAAAAAUGGUGCAAACUGGUGCAUAA